GAUGAAGCAGACUGCAGUUGGUUCUCGCUGACACGCUCCGCCAAGGAGGACCCGUGUGAAGAGAAAAUGCACCUGCUGCUGCUGUUCUUCCUCCUCCGCCGGCUUGCAGAAUCUGCCAUCACUGGCCCAAAAGCAAUGAGCAGCCUAGAGGGGGGCUCGUUGACGGUGCAGUGUCGAUACAGCCCUGGGUGGGAGACCCAUGUGAAGUGGUGGUGCCGAGGAGCUGCUUGGGGCAGCUGCAAGUUCGUUGUUAAAACCACUGAAGCAGAGAAGGAGGUGAAGAAGGACCGCGCGUGCAUCAGGGACAAUUGGAAAAACCGCACCAUCACCGUGACCAUGGAGAAACUCAGGCUGAGCGAUGCAGACACUUACUGGUGUGGGAUUGAGAGAUUUGGAACUGACUAUGGGGUCCAAGUUAAAGUGACCAUUGACCCAGCGCCAGUCAGCUUGGAAGAGACCAGUGGCUCCUCGGCUGUGACCAGCCCCGGCUCCAACAGCGGCGGUGUCUUCCUGAAGGUCAGCAUCCUCCUUCCCCUCAUCUCUGCUGUGUUGCUUCUUCUCUUGAUGGUGGCCUCACUUGUGGUUUGGAGAAUGGUGAAACAACAGAAGAAAGGUGCUUCAGCCCCUGGAGGGCAUCAGCUAUGCAAACCUGAGCCUGCAGCAGACUGA